CGUCCUGCACCAUUUUGGGAAGCUCUUGCUGUUGUUGGGGAUGAGAUUAAAACUCUUUCGCUUAACGACUAUGAGGAUAAAUUUUUGAUAAUGUUAUUUUAUCCAUUGGACUUUACUUUCGUAUGUCCAACCGAAUUGAACGCUUUUUCUGAUCGUAUUCAAGAAUUUAAAGAUAUUGGAGCUGAAGUAGUUGCAAUUUCUUGUGAUUCUCAAUUUUCUCAUCUUGCUUGGAGCAAACUGCCACGAGGUCAAGGUGGCAUUGGCGGCAUCAAGAUUCCGUUGGUCGCUGAUUAUUCAAAGAAAAUAUCUGAAGAUUAUGGUGUCUUGUACGAAGAAAAGGGAAUUCCUUUUAGAGGAAUUAUUAUAAUCGAUGACAAGGGAAUUGUCCGUGUAAUUCAUAUUAAUGAUACUGAAAUUGGUCGUUCAGUGGAUGAGAUACUCCGUCUAGUACAAGCUAUUCAAUUCGCGAAUGAUCAUGGUGAAGUUUGUCCAGCAAACUGGAAAAAAGGUGAUGCAACCAUUGUACCGGAUCCAAAGAAAUCCUUGUCAUAUUUCUCCAAAUUAAAAGACAAAUAA